AUGUUUGACAUAGACUGGCGGGGCUUGCUGCUCCCCCUGGCGUAUCUGGUGGUGCUGGUCGGCACCUUCAUGACAUUCUCUACAGUGUACCGCAAGAGGAAAGCCCUCGAGAGCGCGAAUUUGGCGCCAUGGUUCGGCCCGCACCUGCAACGCAACAUCUACCUGUCGCUGCUACACAUGGAGCCCGAGGAAGGAUCCGAAAAGUCGCCCAGGGUCCCCGAUAGCGUCAUCCGGGCCGCGCUGCUGAGGCGCGCCGUCGAAGACAUCCACCGCAUCAUCCAGAUCCGUUCCGCCAAGCAGGCCUGCAGUUCGUUGCUGCAGCGAGGGAGCGUCGGCGACGACCUGUGGCAGCGGUUCCAACGCGCCGAGAAGGAGAUGGAGGAAGAGCUGCGAGAUGUCGUGAUGGAGGCCAAUGCGCUCGUCCCGGGAUGGGGCCAAAUAAUCUUCCAGUCCGCCAACGAGAUCGCCGCUAACAAGGCGCUGCGCGAUCGGCUUGAGGAGAUCGAGGCGCAGACGGAGCAUGACAAGGAGUGGUGGGAGAAGCGCCGUGCCAGCAUCAAGACGGAGUUCAUGAAGGAGCUGGACGAGGAGUCGGUGAAGGGACAGGCCAAGGUCGGUAGCGACGACGAGGCCGUCCUAGUGGAUACAAACACUCCGUCAGCAACCCCGUCAGGGGUAUCCAAGAAGAAAAAGGCCAAGAAAUAA